UGCUGGGAUACCUUUCUCCAUCAUGGCGGAGCAGAGAGUAGGCUAACGACAACGGUUAGCAUAUUGAACGACUGCUUGAUUUUCCGUAAUUUGGUGCGGCAGCCAUCUGGCGUUUUCUCCACGGGAAUUGCAUCCAACUAACAAAAACUGGCGCUGAUUUAGGAAAAAACAAAUCAGUAACUUCAAGAGGACCUUUUGCAAAAUUGUGGCACCAUCAUAAUGGAAAGUGCAGUGGGCAUUCCUUCUGGGGAGGAUGAAGCACAUGAGAAAGAUGACAUGAAUGCCAAGGAAGGGAUUGAGCCACCCCAUAAGAAAAACAAGAAGCACAGAAAACACAAGAGCAAGAAGAAGAAGAGGAGGAGGAAAGGCGAGAAGGAGAGCAGCUCAGAAUCUGGUGCUGAGUCAGAUGUGGAGCCCCCGCCUCCACCGAGACCUGUUAGGACCACCAGAGCCAGUGCCAGACUGGCGGCAGCUGCAGAACAUGCUGGGAUUAAAGAGGAGGGCAAAAAGGAUUCAAUUACAGAUCGUGCUGAUAUGGAAGGAGAAACGAAAUCCAAAAAACAUAAAAAACAGGCUGCUAAAAAGAAGAAAAAGAAGAGAAAGAAAGAUGAAAAGCAGGGGAAGAAGUCCCCAUCAUCUGAAAGCAGCUCAGCUUCAGGUUCUGAGUCUGAAGGUGAAGGAAGUAAAGUACCUGGUGAUAGUAAAUUUUCUUCAGCUGCUGCAACUGAUGUUCAGGAACCGGUAUCCAGAGUGGUUUCUAAAGGCAAACGAGGGGAGGACAAAGAAGCUCCUGUCAUCAUGCAGACACCUGAAUUGCCAGGAGUAAAGAUGGAGGAGAUGACUGACAUGGAUGUGACUUUAACUGGAGGGGAAGAUGGUGGUCCCAAUGAAUCAGAAAAGCAAAUAAGAUCACCUUCUGCAGGCCAGGAUGAGAUGGUGCAGACAGAAGUGGUUAAGAUUAAGACAGAAGGCAGUCAUGGAAACGGUAUGAUCAGCCAUGCCCAGGAAUUACCUGAUAUCAUCCCAAAACAGGAUGGUACUACCCCAAGAGAUGAUCCAGGCCUAAAAGAUCAGACCAAUUCAGUCCAAGAGGUAAAGGUAAAGAAGAAUGACUCAUCCAGGUCUCCUUCCCCUUCUAGGGGCUUAGAGAUAAAGAGAUCAGAAUCAGGCCCAAGUCGGUCUCCAUCACCUAACCUCAGCAAGCUGCAGUCUGACAGUCAAACAACAGAAUUAGUGAAAGAGCAGUCUAGAUCCCAUUCCAAGUCACCCACAAAGGGAAGACUAUCUUCAGCUCCUCUAAAAAGUCGUCAGAUGUCCCGUUCUAAAUCCCGCUCUCUGUCUCCUAAAUCCAAGAGAAAAUUACACUCUCCAUCACGCAAAUCUCCUAAGAGAGCUGGCCAUCGGUCCAGAUCUACCUCGCUCUCUGUCAGCCCCAAGAAGAAGGUGUCAAAGUCUCCAAGGAAGUCCAGGUCUCCUAAACGACGGAGAAGUUCUUUAUCUGUUUCUCCAAAGCGACGCAGGAGUUCUCCCUCUCCUAAAAGAAGAGUGUCACGAUCUCCUAAGCGUGGUGGUCGCAGGUCUCCUUCUUUGUCUCGAUCUCCAAGGAGACGACGAAAGUCAGAGUCACGUUCCCGUGGAGGUACAAGGCGAUCAAAGACACGCUCACCUAGGCGAGGUGGUGGAGGUGGUAGACGGUCUCUGUCCCGUUCUGUGACCAGACCCCGAAGGUCUCACUCUAGAUCUCGACGUCCUAUUGGCCGCUCCAGAUCACGGUCACUGGGAAGGCGUGCUGGAGGCCGGCGCUCCAGGAGCCGAUCCUUGUCAAGGCGUCGGAGAUCACCGAGAUCCCGGCGCUCACGAUCUCGGUCACUGCGCAGGAGCAGGCGUACUCGGUCGCGCUCCAUUGUAGUACUGAAGCGCAACCGCCGCUCCAGAUCCAGAAGUCUCCGCAAACGCACCAAAUCCAAAACCCCACCAUCCCGGAGGCGCUCUAAAUCCCGGUCACCAGUGAGAAGGCGUUCUCGUUCCCCAGGAAGAAGAAAUCGUUCUCCACCAAGAUCUGGAAAAAGGUCCAAGUCCCGCUCAUUGUCUCGAAGGCACCGGUCACCACAGGCAGGCAAGAAGAGGUCCAAAUCUCCCAGGAGGAGUAGAAGGUCAAAGUCUAAAUCUGGCUCUGCAGAGUUGAACAGAUCUAAGUCUAGAUCCAGGUCUGAAUCAAGUAAUGGAAGGUCUGAAAGCUCAUCCUCGGCCAGGUCUGUGUCUUCCACUCCAGUUAAAGAGAAGAAAUCUUCCCCACCUACAGUAGAGAAGACAUUUAGUGUUAAAGCAGCGGAAGAAAAUGGAGGACUUUCAGUUGCUGCAGACCUUGCAGGUGAUUUGAAACCAGUGCCCCCUCCACCUGACCCUAACUCCCAAGGUGGAAGUUCCUCUGAAAAGUUGCAGGAGCAGCCCAUUCAGUGGAAAAGCUUGAAUGCUCCAAGGUCCAGAUCUGCUUCUCAAGAAAAAGGCACUGGCCAAGUGGGUUCAUCAGAAGGGUCAGAUGAAGAUGAGCCUUCUCCAGUUAAAACGCCAUCUGAAAGCCAGAGAAGCUCCUCAGGUUCUGCAUCUCCGGAACCACCGAAGAAGCAGCUAUCCAAGUCACGCUCGCCUACAGAUCGCAGGAAACUCUCUCCUUCCAAGUCUAAAUCCAGAAGAAAGUUGUCCAGGUCCAAGUCUCCAGUGAGGAAAAGAGAAUCUGUCUCUCCAUCAGAAAGAAAGAAGCGACAGUCCAAAUCUCCUGCCCGACGGCGGAAGUCCCGCUCACGCUCUGCUACACGCCGUAAACGUUCAAGUUCCAAGUCACGAACCAGAAACCGACGAUCCAAAUCCCGCUCUCCAACCCGCAAGAGAAGAUCUCGUUCCCCAAAUGCUCGAGGAAGGAGGAGGUCCAAGUCCACUGACAGGAAUAAGCGUUCUAAGAGCCGUUCCACAGGCCGGAGAAAAAGGUCCAGGUCAGGAGACAGAAGCAGGCGGUCUCGAUCUCGUUCCUCAGAUCGUAGACGCAGGUCAAGGUCACGAGGUCGGGGGAGGCGGCCAGUAUUUCGCAGUCGUUCGUUUGACAGACGAGACAGAUGGAAGAGGGAGCCUAGCCACUCUCCAGUUCUUAUUCUACGCAAACAGCGGCGCUCAGGGUCCCGAACACGACGCAGCACUAGCAAGACGCCACCACGGCUCACUGAUCUGGAUAAGGACCAGUUACUUGAGAUAGCAAAAGCUAAUGCUGCCGCCAUGUGCGCUAAGGCGGGGGUUCCCAUUCCCGAGAACCUUCGGCCAAAAGCCAUCCUCCAGCUUCCUCUGCCAACGCCAUCUCCUGCACCCCUCUCCUUACCUUUACCAUUACCUCUUCCGAUGGGCAUGGGGAUGCCCAACAUGUCAAAUAUGCCCAACAUGGGUCCAAUGGGAUUACCCAGUAUUCCGGGAAUGCCCGCUAUGUCAAAUAUGACCAUGAGCGCAGCUGUGGCAAGUAUGACUGCAGCCACUAUGACGGCUGCCUUGACCAACAUGGGUGCCCUGGCGGCCAUGCCUCCCCUUGCCCCUCUUCCUACAAUUACUAACAAGCCUCCCCCGUGCCUUGCCCCUCCAACACCAUCUCUUAACCUGGACCACAUUGAGGAAGCGAAGAGGAAGGUCACUCAGCAGGCUAACAUACAUACCAUCAAGGAGCUGACUGAGAAAUGUAAGAUGAUUGCAAAUAGCAAGGAGGAGAUGGCUAUUGCUAAACCACAUGUCUCAGAUGAUGAAAGCUAAAACCGCCAAGUCUUUGAGCCACUUCCCUCAAAGGAAAAUGUAGGAUUCUUAUCAGGAGGACUUACUUUCCCACAGUUCCCUCUGUUGGAAGACUUCAGAGUGGAGGCGCACCCUAGUUGUCGCAGUUGCAGCAUAGGAGCACCGGCAGCGGCCACUGCCCCACUCUGCUCCCCAGUUUGUUUCCGUUUCUGUGUGAGAGCGAAAGACUUGCAGACUUUGACUUGUGAUACCACUGAGAAAACUGAGCACACUGAAGUGUGCUCAGGUGUAUGACUGUACAGUGAGUGUGUGUGUGUGUGUGUGUGUAAUGACUUUUACCACCAUCCCCUCAGUGCUGCUGUUUGCAUCAGCAGACACUGUAAAGACGGAAGAGGAAACAAACCAAACUAACUAGUGACGCAAGUGUUUUUGUAUUAAGUUCUAAGUUUCUCUAAAUUUAUUUUACCUUUAUUCAUUCAUUGUGUUAAGUAAAGACUGAUUCCUUGUUCUUCUGUACUCCCCUUGGUUACUCGUAGUCCCUGGUGUUAUGAACAAAUAAAGCAGAGGAAGAUAAAGAUGGUCAAUCCUCAGAUGCGAGAUGAUUGCUCAAAUUAGGAUCAACUGCAGAAUAGGAGCGAAUGAAGAGAAGUGGGAUGCAAGAUCUGAUUAUUUGGAAGGAACAGGACAUAUGCUGCAAGAAAGUAUCGAAAACACAAGUCAUUUAGUUAGCACUACCCUGGGUGUGAGUCGAUUGCCUUUACUGUUACAGCACCAAGCUGAUCAUUAACUCUGAUCUGGACGUCUAUUUGGCCUCUGUUAGGAUUUGUCUGUUUUUGGAACAUUUUUUCUCUGGAUUUAAAUCGAGAAUUCACUUCUAAGUUUUACCACCAGGAGAAUGAAAGAAAGUCUUGUGUAGUUUUCAUUUAAUUUCUGAUGCACAGGAAGAGUACUUUUUAAUAUUUUCAGGAAAAGCAAAGCUUAUAUUUUAAAAGGAGAACAUUUCUGAGUAAUUCGGAAUUGAUGCCGAGUGCUGAUGGACGUGUCCGAUGUCCUGGAUGCUGAGAUCCUGCAACUGCACAGCUCCAUCUAAGACACAUGAACCACCAAGCUCAAGUUUAAUAUAAUUCUUUUUAGAUUUUUGGAGCUGAAGAAAAAGAAAUACGCAUGAACAUUUCCUUAAGAAUACUGUAAAUGAAGUAAUUAUUACGUCUUUAGCAAAACAUUUCUCUUUCACUAUGUGAGAUAAAUGUAGUUUUGGAAUACAGAAUCUAGCUUUUGGGUUAUUCGCAUUUUUAAAACCCAGAUUUCUGCUUAUCUUUUAUUUUAGACACCACACCUGGAGAGGGAUGAUUUGUACUGUAUCAUCUGGAAAGUCGAAAGUUAAAGAUAUCUUGAAGUAUGUCAUUUGUGUGUAUUAGACAAUCAGGGUCUUUGAAGAUGCAUUUUGUGGAAGACAGAGCAGUAGGCACAUGAACUGGACACGUUUUGCAGCAUAUAGGCGAGAAUGUCAAGUAAAAUGUGUAAACAUAAAACAUCAACAGUCCUGUUUAAUCCACAAACACAUGUAAUAUCUGCUCUUCCUGGAAAUGCUUGUGCCCUGGCCUGCAUUUUGUCUGUACUGUGUAAAAGCAUUUGUCCCAUUGGAUAAGUGGAGAACAAAGACAAACUUGGUGCUUUUUGAGGAAACUAAGGGACUUUUUUUUUUUUUUAAGAUGUUGCCAGGAUUCACAAUUAAUUUCAUCAAAAGAUGGACAAAAGUGAAUCCAUCCCACUCUCUCAAGCCCAGGGUUGUUAAACUGUAGAAGAUGAUCUUUGAAGGCUUCAGCAAACUGUAAUUUUACUUGCUCCAUACAACUGUUAGAACUAUUGAGCUUGUUCCCCAGGGUUAAGCUUUAGCUCUUUUAUUGACAGAAAAACAAGAAAAUACAUUUUAGGAAUAUUUUUCCCCUCUCUUUCAACAUGACAUUGUUGCUUGCUUUGUACAUAAAUGUGUUGGUGAUUAUUAAAAACCUCAAUCUCUAA